AUGGAUCUUUGUACCUUAGAAAAAAAUAAUAAAUUAAUUGAAAGUUUUUGUAAAGUAAUAGAAAAAAAUUAUAAAACUUUUUACUUAUUAAACCCAGACGGUAUUCUAGAUUCAGUUGCAGGAUUAGAAAAUUUAUCUAUUUCAUUUUGCAAUAUUUCAUUUAAAAGCAUUAUAUGUUAUAAAUGUUUAACUUUUUUUGAAUGUGAAAGUAGUGCAAAUUUUAGAAAGUGCCCUAAAUGUAAAGUAGUAAAUGCAAUCGUACCAUAUGAUAAUAUAGGCAAAAAGGUAAUAAUACUCAUAUGUUUUCAGUGUAAUAAUAGAAAUAUAACAAAUAUCGAAUGUUCAUAUGUUCAAUGCUAUUUAUGUAAUUAUAUGAAUUAUGCACAAAAUUACAACUUGGAUAAUAAUAAUAGGGAAGGAAUUAAUAGAAACAGAGUAACAGGCAGAAGAAGAAGAAAAAAAAUUAAUUUUUUUAUCUUCAGAAAUAUGUGUCAAUGUGUGAGACCUCAAAACAGUACUAGAAAUAAUUCUAGAGAAAAUAAUACUAAUGAUGAACAAAACGAUAAUACAUUAAUGGAAAAUGUAAAUGAAAAUCACACAGAGGUUACAAAUGCCAAUAAUGUUUUAGAGGAAGAUAGGGAGAUAUGCAAUAAUCAAAGAAUGAAUAACAUUAUUUUUAACAACGAAGAAAUGCAUGGGACUAUGAGAGAAAAUAUAGUAUACAAUGAAGAAAAUGAUGGUCAAUUAAAUAAAUUUAACGUGAAUAAUAAAAAUGAGGAUAUACUAAAUACAAAUGGAAGAUUAACUAGAGAAAAUAUAAAAAAAUUUGAUAAUAAUAAUAUUAAAAAAAAAAAAAAAAAACAUAAAAAGGUAAUUAAUAAUAAUAAAUAUUUAGAAAAAAAUAAUAAUAGUGAAUAUAAUGAAAAAAAAAAUUUGGAAAAACAUAAUAAUUUUAAUACUAUAUCAAAUGAUGAUAGAACAUAUAAAUCGAGUUGUAAUUUAAGUACGCAAGCAGGAUCAUGCCCUAGAAAUGGCGACAUGUGGUGUGAUGAGAGUUUAAAUAUAUUAAACGAUAAUGACGAAAAAUUAGAAUCUGUUGUAGAAAGUGGUAAUGUGAAAAGAAAAACUUUAAUGUUCGAUAAUAUAAAUAAUGCAUAUAAUAAGAAAAUUAUAAAAAAAUUAAGUUUUACUCUAGCAAGUGACAAAAAAUAUAGUGACGUAAAAAGAUACAUUGAAUACUUUAAUAAGUUGUAUAGGAAUAAGGAUAGUAACAUGGAAUUGAUGCUUGAAAAUGGUAAUUAUUAUAAGGUAUUUAAUACCUAUGGAAAAAACUUAGAAAUUAAAAAUUUUUAUGAAUAUUUAGAAUAUUAUAAAAAGCUUAAUAAAAAAAAUAUAACAGAUUAUCAUUCAAAAAAAAAUAUGGUAGAUAAUACUAUAAAAAGAAAUUUUAAUAAUAAUAAAAAUGUCAAGAAUAAUAAUUAUGUUGAAAAUUUUAACAAUUUGGAAUUACAUAAUUUUAAUAAUAAUAAAAAAAAAAUGAAUGCAGAUAAUCAUAAUAAUUUAAUUUUAAAUAAUAAAGAUAACAUAAGUUAUUUGGAUAAACAUACAUUAAAAGUUAAUAAUAAAAAUAGAGAUUUAAAUUUAUACUCUAUAAAGGAAAAUAAAGAACUAAAUAACUCACAAAAAGUAAAGAAUAAAAACGAAGACACCGAAAAAAAAAAGAGUGCAUGUAUAGAAAUUGAAUCAGAUAAAAAAAGUAAAUUUAUAAAGGAAAAUAAUGAUCUUAAAUCAAAAAAUAAAUUUAAUAAAUCAUCUCAUAAAAAAAAAAAAAAAUAUGAAGUAAAAUCUAUUUUCUACUCUAAAUCUGAAUUAUGCAGUGAAUUUCGUUAA